GUGUCACUAGUUUCGUGUGUCCACUCCGCGGGGUUCUACAGGCUCGGUUAUCGGAUCUCAUUCGCAGUUUCCUCCAGUGGGCGGAGAAGCCGCCGCGCCGCGCAGCGCAGCGCCGCUCCCAGCUCCGCUCCCCUCAGUGCUUCCCGCUGCCUCAGCUCUGCGGCUCAUGCGGACCAGCUGCCCGGCCGCUCAUGGACUAACCGCGGGUCUGACCGUGAGCUGUGACGGACUAGGCGGGGGGAAGGACAGCCUGACGCCGGUGGAGGACUGGACUAUGGCGGCCAAGGAAGACCUGUACAGCAAAAUUCUCCCCAGGAGGCUUCGCCAAAACCGACCGGGCUCGAUGAAAUCCAGCUCCAACCUGGACGUGCUGCUGUCCAUGGGCUUCCCCAGACACAGGGCCCUGAAGUCUCUGGUGUCAACUGGAGGUCGGAGUGUUCAGGCAGCAUGUGACUGGCUGUUCUCCCAUGUGGACGACCCGUUCCUGGACGACUCCCUGCCCAGGGAGUUUGUUCUCUACCUGCGACCCAGCGGGCCGCUCCAGAACCAGCUCUCACACUUCUGGCAGCAGAGCCGGGUCACCUGCGGCAAAAACAAGGCCCACAAUAUUUUCCCACACAUCACUCUCUGUCAGUUCUUCAUGUGUGCCGACCCCAAAGUGGAAGGCCUGGGUGAGGCCCUGCAGACCACCGUGCAGCAGUGGAGGGGCCGCUUCCCCCGCCCGCUGCCUCUGGAGCUCUACACGUCGUCCAACUUCAUCGGGCUGUUUGUGGAGGAGCAGGUGGCCGACGUCCUCAGGCAGUUCGCAGCCGACUUCGCCACAGAGGCCGUCAGGAAGACAGAGGUCAAAGUGGAGCCUCACAAGAAGCAGCUCCACCUGACGCUGGCCUACAACUUCCCCAGUGAUCACCUCUCCUCCCUGGAGAAACUGGCCCAGGGCAUCGAGGUGAAGCUGGGCUGUGAUUGGCUGGCUGUCCUGUUCUCCCGGGACAUUCGUUUUGCUAACCAUGAGACGCUGAGGGUCAUGUACCCCUACAUGCCCCAGAACGAUGACGAACUGGAGCUGGUUCCUGGUGAUUUUAUCUUCACGUCUUCCAUGGACCAGACCAGCACCAGCGAGGGCUGGGUCCACGGAACCUCGCUGGCCACCGGCCUGUCUGGACUUCUGCCGGAGAACUACGUGAGCUUGGCCGACGAGUCUGACACCUGGGUGUUUCACGGCUCCCAUUCCUUCUUCAGCUGUGGUCCCGGUGAUAAAGCUGGUAAGGACAAAGGAAUGUUUGACGGCCUGCUGGACAGCCGACGUCCCGACAGCACCAGUCCUGGAGACACGCCUGCUCUCAGUCUGAUCUGCCACCCUGUGCAGCAGGUCCUGCGGUUCAGCGGCAGCCACACUCGGCAGCCCAAACGCACGGUGUUCGUGUGCCGGCACGGUGAGAGGAUGGACGUGGUGUUUGGGAAACACUGGCUCACUCUCUGCUCGGACAGCAAAGGCAGAUACGUACGCUCCAACCUCAACAUGCCUCCCAGCCUGCCUCUGUGGGGAGGACAGAGAGACUACGACAUGGACGCCCCCAUCACUGUGUUUGGGUCCACUCAGGCCCGAUUAGUGGGCGAGGCCCUGUUGGAGAGCAACACGAUGAUAGACUUUGUGUACUGCUCUCCGUCGCUGCGAUGUGUUCAGACUGCGCAGAACAUCUUGAAAGGCCUGCAGCAGGACGGGAAGCUGAAGGUGCGCGUGGAGCCGGGUCUUUUCGAGUGGACAAAGUGGGUGUCAGGGAACGCCAUGCCAGCGUGGAUCCCCCCCACUGAUCUGGCUGCUGCCAACUUCAGCGUAGACACGGCUUACAGGCCUCUGAUCCCAGCCAGCAAGCUGACUGUGUCCGAGUCCUACGAGAACUACAUGAGUCGCAGCUACCAAGUCACCAAAGACAUCCUGUCAGACUGCAAAAACACAGGAAACAACGUGCUGAUCGUCGCCCACGCGUCUUCCCUGGAGGCCUGCACACGGCAGCUGCAGGGCCGCAGCCCCCAGAACGCCAAGGACUUCAUACAAGUUGUACGAAAGAUCCCCUACCUGGGCUUCUGUGCCUGUGAGGAACAGGGAGAGACGGGAAUGUGGCAGUUAGUGGAUCCUCCAAUCCUGCCUCUGACUCAUGGACCAAACCACUCCUUCGACUGGAAGGAGACUCUUCUGCAAGAAUGACGCCUUCCUGCUCCGAGUCGGUCACAGUGAGCUCCCCGAGCCACAUCCACUUCCACCCCCCCCAACAACCAACCAACCCAGCAAAAUGACUGGAGCUCUUGUCUUCUCAGCCUGUUCAGAAGCCGCAGUCCCUGCAGUGGAUUGGCGAACGUUCACACUCUGCUGGCGUUGUGGGUCGACUCAGGACGCUGACAGGCUCAGGCGGUCUGACGGUGUCUGGGUUUCUGCCGCUCUGUGUGGAACCGCCUCUUGAAUUUGGUCAGAUCGACAUUGCAAACUCUCUCAUGUAAUACUUCUCAUGUUGAUUUAUGCUAGAGCAUGUUAGCAGGCUAAUAUGCUAGCUUAGAACUAAAAUUAAAGCUUGAACUUCAACUUCCUAGUAUGCAGUUGGGGGCUUUUGAUUUUUUUCUUGCUCUCUGUUAGUCGUGCCGCACCAACACUUUUACCGGCCUGGGGUCUGGCCACCCCAUGAGAAUGGACACCACUGGACAUACGUAUCAACAAAAGGACUAUUGUGUCCCUGUGUGUGUGUCCAUGUGUGUGUUGAAAUGCAGCGGAGGCUCAUCGCCGUGGGUCUGGUUGCUGGUGGUUUCAGGUCAGAUCUCUGCAAAUUGAUAAAGUUUCUCCUGUUGCAUAAUUAACUUUCUUCUCUUAAUGAAACUAAAUCAAACAACAAAGUGGACGUUUCGCAACACUCCUGAAAAAUGUCGAUUUUUAUGCUCGUUCUUAUUUUGUUUUUCAAUUCUGCAAACAUCUGAUUGGGGAUUUAUUUAAUUUUUUUAUUUAUGCCAAAAAAAACACAUAAAGAGACUGUAACCCUCCUGAUGGUGUAAACAGCAGUUCUCUCCCAAACUGUUGCUGCUGACAGUAGUUUGUCCUUCAGCAGCGCUGAUGGACUGCAGCAGAGAACAUGAGAACGUCUUCAUGUUGGGUUCCCUGGAGGCAGCGCAGCCUUUUCCCACACAUUCAGUGUAUUUAAUACAUAACACACACACACACACACACACACACACACACACACACACACACACACACACACACACACACACACACAGCUUCGACAGCACAUGUUGCACUUAGUGACAAUCAUUCAGUAGCAUCUUGAUUCUGGCCCAGCAGCGAUUAUUGUCCAAAGGGUUGGAAUAGCUGUAAUCAUGUACUGAGAAAGGUCUUCCAGUUUUAUCUCUAUUUAUUUUUAAGCCUCUUUUUUAAAUAAAAAUAAUGUGUACAAAGAAAAAAAAAAGAACCUUUGUAGCUGCAUGCAAGAAUUUAAGAAGGAGUGUCUCAGGUGUUGCAUUUCGCAGGUAUUUGCAGCUUUGCAUCAACUGACUGUAGUUCCUCCCUCGUCUCUGUAUGUUCUUCACUUCUCGGCUUUGAAAGCCGCAGGCACAACGAAGUCGUUUAUGUAGCCACAUUGUGCUACUAGUUCACAACAGAUUAUCAUUUACAUUUUUUUUUUAAUAAAACUUUCAGGCUGAAACUUGAAUAGAUUGUUUGGUUGCGAUGCUGGAGUUUGGUCAGACUGGACUCCGAGCCCCGGGUUCUCCUCAGAUCCUGACAGAAUGUAGGAGGACAUCAUUCAGAGGAGCCGUCAACUGGAAAGAGGUCCAAACAUGAUGCUGGUCUUCUUUUCUGAACGUUUCAAAAGUAAAAUCAAAGAGUCAAAGUUGAGCCCUGCAAAGCCGAUCAGCGUAGCAAGAAUGGAAAAUAAACUGCAGACAGAUUAAAUAAAAACAUCUCAGGUCCGUUUCUGUUUUAAAAUAAAAGCACUUUCCACUGGUUUGAAUACAUUUCAAUAAAUUCCAAAUGUAAUUAACUUUCCCCAUCAAGCUAACCACGUUCUGUCAAAGUUAGAGAAUCCUCAUAGGUGCAGACAGAGAGUCAGAAUAAUGUACCAUGAGAUUUUGUAAUGUUGUGUCAUUAUGGUCUUUCACAAACCGGAUCCAUGGAUCGCUUCACUGGUUUUUUAUGUGGAACCUGAUCAGGCAGUUGGAAACGGAUGUUAAGUGUUAGUUUGAGCGACGCUCAUCACCGCUGGUGUUUUUAUCUCCACAAAAAGGGAUUCCUUACAUUUUUCUAAGCUGACGUUGAAAAAAAUACAACUUCACAAUCACAAUGUUUCCAUCAAAUAAGAAACACAUUUAAAAUCACACAUAGUCUGUUCAUGCAAUGUCUUUAAAAAAAAUCCAGUGCCAUGAUCCUCCUGCAACUUCCUGUCGUCUUCUUCGCCAUUUCUGCCAGUGGCAACAUCUCUGUUGUGGUUCAGGUGACUCGUGAUGUGAAAAAAAAUGUUGCCAUUGCAAUAAAACAAUUUGGAAAUGGCCAAAAAAAAUCCACCUCAUCCGAGCGCAAAACUUUUUUUUUUCAAAUUGCCCAAUUAUAUGGUCAAUGAAAAUGCAUGUUAUAGUUUGCCUACCUGUUGCAGAAAGAUGCCAUAUAACUGUGAUUUUGUAGAAAUGUGAAUAGAUUGUCAGAGUGGCGUCAGACUGAGAGCCAGUUUGGUUUGUGCCCCGGGUUUUUUCUUACGUUAGCUGUUUUCCCUGACUAAAUAACGGAGACAUAACGGAGAAUGUUCCGUUAAAAAGAGGAACAUUCAUUUAUCCCAGCAGGAGAAGAAAAAGCAGAGCAGAGCCAUGUGAGGGAGACUUGGUGGAAGAAGCCAUAUUUUUUCUGCAUUUCUUAUUUAUUGUCUGAACAUAUCAAAUGUGUACAGCAUAUAAGUUAAAGUUCCACCUUUUCAAGCCAAAAUAUAUGUCAGUAUGUAAUUUAAAAUGAAACGUGUGUGUGUGCAGUUUACGACUUUUUUUUUUUUUCUUUUGCAAACACGCAGCUAUCAAGGAGAAAUGGCUACUUUUUUAAAAAGCUUCCAUAUUUUCAUGCAAAGAUGUCUGGGGGAAGGAAGUAGGGCCAGCAUAUGUGUUUUUUUGUUGUUGUUUUGAGACAAUCUCCAUUUGGUUUUUAAAUAGUACUUUUGGUUCAGACGCUAUGAAAACAAGCAACAUUCUUUUCUCGGCAAUAACUUUUAAAAGAGAAGGCUAUCUAUUGUUCAUUUGCAGUUUUCAUCUAAGUAAUUCAGCAGCCGGACAGCUUUGUCUUUUCUAGUCUGGAUGUUUCUGCUCUUGCUUCUGUUACAAUUAUAAAUGUAUUCACGUCCAACUUUUAAAUAAAAGAGAACGUCAUUCUUUGGAUACUGAAAAA